AUGGAAGCGACGAUUGGCGAAAACCAAGUCAAUCGAUGCAACGCCGCUUCCCAUGCAUUAUUUUUAGCUGCACAAAACUCUGUUUUGUACAGACCUUCUCUUGCAUAUCUUCUUCAGCACGUGAAAUCUUUCAUUGAAGCAAUUCAACCUUUAAAGAAGCAGGAACUAUCUCCUAUUCAAAACCGUGCUCUCGAGAGAUUUGUUACUCUUGUUGAUAAUCUCACCGAAAUCAUACCACAAGUCUCUAAACAAUGGAUGAAAUACAUGUUGAACGUUUCAUCUGUCCAGUUUCAUGAAAACAUUGAUCGAUUCCGUAAGAAUUUAGUUGAAAUAACUGCACACCUUGGUUUUGAUCCAGCGAAGAUCAUCAAUUUCGAACAAAUCCAAGAUUCAGUGAAUAAAGUUGCAGAUCUUAAUCAUUUCCAGCAACUUCUUCGUGAAGCACGCGACAAUACUAUUAACAUGACGAACGGUGUUGAUAUUCAGCAAUCGAUUGAAGCUCGACUUCGAUCUAUUCACAAACAUUUACCAUCACGCAACAAGCGUAAGAAAAUGCAGAACGUUGUUGACAGCUGUAAAAUUGACGAUAAUCCAGAGAACAUUGUUUCACGUUUAGAGACAGCUCUUAAAGAAUUCGAGUAUAUUGACAUUCCUACCGAAGAUAUAGCACUUGAUGAUGCACUUGGUACAGGUGGCUUUGGUACUGUAUACAGAAGUACACGUAUUUCUACCGGCGAGCUUCUUGCUAUCAAAGAAGUUCGAAAUGACCGAAUUACUAUGGGAACGUGGGCAUCCCUUUACUCCGAAAUUGCUACAAUGGCCAAACUUAAGAAUCGAUACAUUCUUGAGCUUGUUGGUACUCACAUUAAACAACCAUACAGAAUUAUUACACGUUUUUGCCCUGGAAAGUCACUUUUCGAGCGUCUUCAUCGUCCAUGUGUUCCUCUUACUCCAUUACACCUUACGCAAAUCGCAUACCAAAUGGCUGUUGGCAUUGCUUAUCUUCAUUCACUUGGAAUCGUCCAUCGCGACCUCAAAACGCUUAAUAUCAUUCUCGAUGAAGACGAAGCAGCCAUUAUUGCCGACUUUGGCCUUUGCGGUUUCGUUGAUAAUAACGAAGGAUUAGUUGGCGGCGUCGGAACACCACAUUACACUGCACCAGAAGUCCUUGCGCACAAGAGAUACGGAUUGAAAGUCGAUACAUACUCAUUCGGCAUCAUUUUAUGGGAAAUGGCGACAAAUCAGAUUCCUUAUCGCGACAAGACACAAGCAGAGAUCUAUUCCCAUGUCGUUACACAUGGCUGGCACCUCAAGAUCCCAUCCUCUGUUCCUGAUGGCCUCCGCCGACUCAUUCUUCGUUGUUGGUCGAUUGAUCCAAACGAUCGUCCAGAUUUUGACGAGAUUGUUGACAGUUUUUCAAGUGGUCGUGUGUUUUUCGAAGGCUGUCCUCCUAUUACAGGUCCAGAGAUGCUUGAAGCAAAGGGUAACCAUUAUCCUAUCAAUCCUAAAUAUCUUACAAGCAUUUUGAAGAAUCCAAAUUCACAACAUUUCGGAAGUGUUGUUGAUUUCUUGUCAAAGAAUGUUUCACCAACAGUUUUGAGUUCAAUUGAUGUCAAAGACAUUUUAUCUGUUUACACGCCGAACUCUCUAAAUCCAUCCAAGAUAUUAACUGUUGCAUCCGUUCUUUUGACGAAAGACAACUUCGAAGAGUUUUCAAAGAAUGUUGCAAUUCCUAUUCUUAAAUCUCUUCCUGACAAAGAUUAUUCAUCAGCCGUUUCAUUCAUGCUUUCCAUUCCUGAUGAACUGACAAGUUUAAUUGAACCAUUCCUUCCUCGCUGUGUCAGUUUGAUGUCUUCUUCAUCGUCAUACGGAUAUUUAGUUCUUAACUUGAUUUCACGUCUUGGUCAAGACAAAGUUACACAGUUUAAAUCACAGAUCAUCAAAUUCUUGUCUGCUGAAAACAUCCAGAAAGUUCCUGACCAACAAAGUGUUGACAGCAUUGUUCACAUUGUUCCUGGAAUUCUCGAUGAAUUCAAGAAGAAGAGUCGUUUCAUUUCAUUGCUUGAGAGCAAAUACAGCAUUCCUACGGAAUUCCGACAGUUAGUUGCAGCUAAAGUUUCUCCUAAGAAAGCAGCGAAUAUCUUAACAGCAUUCAUCCGUUCUACAUCAAUUCAAGAUUCAACGGACGUCAUCGUUGAAGUUUUGAAGAAAUGUACAAAUGCUGAUAUCGAGAAAGUUGCAACAGAUCCAUUGAUAUUCGAUCACAUCGAGAAAUUGAUCACUGAUCGCAUGAACAUUGAGAAUGCGUUGAUUGUUUUAUAUCGUUUGACAAUGGUUGAAAAUGUUCCUCUUAAAUUGUCAACGCAUCCAUUAAUUUCAGCUCUUUUGUCUCUUCCUUCACACACAGCUCGUCGUUUGCAGAUCUUCACUUCACUUUUCUUACAUCCUGAAUUUCUUAAAGAUCCUUCAAUAACUGAUGGUGUUAUCAAGCUUCUUGUUACAACGAUGAAUGACCAACAACUCAAUGGUCUUGCGCUUCGUCUUUUCGGCGCAUUAAGUUCUCAUCCUGAAGGUUGUAAAAUUAUCUCUGAAACAGGAAUCAUGUCUAUCUUUACACAGUUAUUCCUUAGUCCAAUGUGUACAGAUAUUCCUACAUGCAUGGUUAUUUUGUGCAACGUUGCAAGUCAAGGUGUUGAAAUUCCACAGAUUUCGUUGAUCAUCAGCUGUUUGUUGCAAGAUCUCAUUGGUUCAUCACGAAAAGCAGAGAGAAUCUUGAUCACACUUGCAAGAUUACUUGAGAAACUUCCAGCUGCUAUUCAACCACAUGAUUUGCAGUCAUUCAUACUUCCUAUGAUUUCUCCAAUACAGCGUCCAAACUUAGUUUACAGAGCAAUCAGAUUGUUUGCAUACGUCGAUGUUAAUUCCAUGAAAACAUUUUAUACUAUUUUGGUUAAGAACUUGUGCGAAGUUCUUGCAACAGAAGAGAUGCAGUAUCCAGAAAUCAUCGUCAGUUCUGUUGAACUUCUCAUGAACAUUGUUGUUCAAAACGACAUCAAAGAUAUGAUCAAAUCUGCUGAUAUCCAGAACUACUUGCAGUCAGCUGCUGAUCAAAUGUCUGAUUUUGGUGAUUUGUACAACAGAGCACAGAACUCUCUCUUCACUCUUUCUAGAUUACAAUGUGAUUAA